AUGGGAAUCCUCAACAAGCUUGAGUUUGUCGCUUUGGAAGUUUCCGGACGGAACUACCUCAAGUGGACCCAAGAUGUCAAGCUUCAUCUGACUGCACAAAAGAUGAGAACAACGAGCAAUGCUGACAAUAUUGCUCCAGAAGAUAUGAAAGCUAGGGCUAUGAUUUUCCUUAGGAAGCAUAUGGAGGAAGCCCUGACUGUGGAGUACUUAGCUGAAGAGGACCCACGGUCUCUUUGGGUCGCUCUAGAAGAGCGAUUCAAUCAUCAGAAGGCCAUAUAUUUGCCACAAGGAAGGCAUGACUGGCAGAACAUACGUUUUCAAGAUUUCAAGACUGUGAAUGAGUAUAACUCUGAAAUAUGCCGCAUUCGGUCACUCCUAAAAUUCUGUGGAGAAGAGCGCACAGAAGCUGAUCUAUUGGAGAAAACUCUCUCCACUUUCCCUCCUUGUAUGAAUGAUCAAGCGAGGCCCAUUGGUGCUAGAGCAGCUCCUUUGCCUGAAGCAAAUAUUGUUGCCCAUCGCGGAAAUAAUCGCGUAAGGAGGAACAUGGGCCGUGGAAAGGGAAGAAGAAAUGGACCCAGAAAUGGCCCAUAUGACCGUGAACCCCAAAGAAAUGGCCCUAGAGGCCGAGGAGGACGUGGUCAAGGCCCACGUGGUAGGAACCGAAAUGCUCCAGCUCAUCAAGCUCAAGUCAGAGAGAAUGCUGGCCCGGCCCGUCGCCCUCAAAAUCAGCAUAAUUUAUGUUAUAGAUGUGGAGGCACUGAUCAUUGGUCUCGCACCUGUCGUGCAACGAAUGAGAAGAUAGAAGAGUAUCACGCUAGACGCGGAACUCAAGAGGCCAAUCUUGUGGAAGAGGCAGUCCCUAUUAAUACCACCUUGGAGAUCGCUGAUUUUCAAGCGGCCAAUGAAUACAUUGAGGAUUGA